GCCAGCUGAAACGUUGGCAACCAGGCAGAACGACGAGGAGUGGUUCAUGUCACUUCACACGAAAGCUGCCUGUGGAGCCAUCAACGCGAAUUUUUAAACAUCAAGCGGGACUGUAUCUGCGUUUUCGGGACCACCAACCUUUGUCGUAAAGCCACCUUUGGCUGAGCGAUGCCACCGGCCCCCAGCUGCGACUGCCCCCACCUGGACUGUGUGGGGGAGAUCACCAAGGAGGAACUCAUCCAGAAGUCCCAUGGCCAGUGUCAAGACUGUAAAGUUGGAGGACCGAAUUUGUGGGCGUGUUUGGAGAGCGGCUGUGCAUACGUAGGCUGUGGAGAGUCUCACGCUGACCACAGCACAGGACACUCGCAGGAGACAGGCCACAACCUGACGGUGAACCUGACUACACUUCGAGUAUGGUGUUAUGCCUGUGGCAAGGAGGUCUUCCUGGACCGUAAACUUGUCCCUCAGGCGCCCCAGUUCAACAGCAAGCCCCUCCCUUCCUCUCAGAAUGCUGCACAGGCUAACAACAGGGCCGCCGUGAGCCCCGCCUCACUACGAGUGUCCCCGAACGGUGUCUGUGAAGACCUGGACAUGGAGACUGAGGAAGAGCACGACGUGCGAGCUCGAGGCCUGACCGGACUGAAAAACAUCGGCAACACGUGCUACAUGAACGCUGCCCUCCAAGCCCUGUCCAACUGCCCUCCCUUGACACAGUUUUUUCUGGAGUGCGGCGGCCUGGUGAAGACGGACAAGAAGCCAGCACUAUGUAAAAGCUACCAGAAGCUUGUGUCUGACCUUUGGCACAAGAACAGACCCUCCUAUGUGGUCCCAACUAAUCUGUUCCAGGGAAUCAAAGCCAUAAACCCAAUGUUCAGGGGAUAUUCUCAGCAGGACUCACAGGAGUUUUUGCGCUGCUUGAUGGACCAACUUCAUGAGGAGCUGAAGGAGAUGCUGCCUGAGCCUUACGAACAGUCUACCGGCAUCACGGUAGAUGACUGUCCGGAGGAGGACAACCGUAGCCAAUCGGACAACGACUUUCAGUCCUGUGAGUCGUGCGGAAGCAGCGAGCCGGCUGAUAACGAGACGCAGCCUGCGAGCAUGGCGAUGGGCGACAACGAGGUCGAGAUGCUGAUUCCCGAACAAGAUGAUAUCCAGGCCAACAGGGAGUGGCAGAAGGAGAAGAACAUGAUCAAUGACAUUUACCGCUGCGGAGUUAACGGUGUAAUGGCUGACAACAGCGCAGGGGACAUAGACAAGGAUGUGGACACCACUGCAGAGACCACACCCAUUAUCAGCAGUCAGGGACACAUUAAGGUGCAAAGCAGAACAUCAGAAUCUUUUCCAGACAUCCAAAUGUCCAACAUCGCAAGACCACAGGGUCCAGUGUCUAUGGAGGGGCACAUUUCCAAAAUGUCCAGCAGUCCACCCAAAGCUUCCUCCGUCUGGCCCGGCCUCAACUCUGCCCACAAGAAAGCUAUUAGUACCUUCUCCUCACCAAAGAGCAAGUGUCAAAAGAGAUACCGUAGCGUCAUCUCGGACGUCUUCGACGGGACCAUUGUAAGCUCCGUGCAGUGCCUGACUUGUGAUCGGGUGUCCGUCACGCUGGAAAACUUUCAGGAUAUCUCCUUGCCCAUCCCAGGCAAGGAAGACCUGGCCAAGCUCCACUCGUCCACACAUCAGACGUCACUGGUGAAAGCUGGCUCCUGCGGGGAAGCAUACGCGGCACAGGGCUGGAUCGCCUUCGUUAUGGAAUACAUCAAGAGCUGGUUCUGGGGUCCAGUGGUGACGUUACAAGAUUGUCUGGCAGCCUUUUUUGCCCGGGACGAGCUAAAAGGUGACAACAUGUACAGCUGUGAAAAAUGCAAGAAGCUACGAAAUGGGGUCAAAUUUUGCAAAAUGCAAAGUUUGCCAGAGAUCCUUUGCAUCCACUUGAAGCGCUUCCGGCACGAGCUGAUGUUUUCCACCAAGAUUGGCACUCAUGUUUCCUUCCCGCUGGAGGGCCUGGACCUGCAGCCCUUCCUGGCCAAGGACAGCUCGGCCCAGACGGCCCACUACGACCUGCUGUCGGUCAUCUGCCACCAUGGCACCUCCAGCAGUGGCCACUACAUCGCCUACUGCAGGAACGACUUCAACAACUUGUGGUAUGAGUUUGACGACCAAAGUGUGACCGAGGUUUCAGAGUCUUGCGUCCAGAAUGCUGAGGCUUACGUGCUCUUCUAUAAGAAGAGCAAUGAGGAUGCGCUGAAGGAGCGUAGGCGGGUGUCGGGCUUACUCAACAUGAUGGAGCCCAGCCUCCUCCAGUUCUACAUCUCCCGACAGUGGCUCAACAAGUUCAGGACUUUUGCCGAGCCGGGGCCUAUUUCCAAUGACGACUUCCUGUGCUCACACGGAGGUGUACCGCCCAACAAAGCAGCCUACAUCGACGACCUGGCCGUCAUGCUGCCUCAGAAUGUGUGGGAUCACCUUUACAGCAGAUACGGCGGCGGACCAGCUGUCAAUCACCUGUAUGCCUGUCACGCGUGCCAGAUUGAGAUAGAGAAGCUAGAGAAGCGGCGCAAGUCGGAGCUGGACAUGUUUGUCCGGCUGAACAAGGCGUUCCAGGAGGAGGAGUCUCCGGUGGUCAUAUACUGCAUCAGCAUGCAGUGGUUUCGCGAGUGGGAGGCUUUCGUCAAAGCCAAAGACAACGAUCCACCAGGACCCAUUGAUAAUUCCAAGAUAACGGUGAACAAGGGUGGCCAUUUAACACUCAAACAAGGGGCAGACUCGGGCCAGAUCUCGGAGGAGACGUGGAACUUCCUCCAUGCCAUCUACAGUGGUGGGCCCCUGGUGACUGUGCGGCCCAACGUGGGCCACCAGGAGACGGAGGCUUCCCAGUCGGAGGAAAAGAUCGAGGUGGAGACGCGCUCUCUUUAAGACGGCAAGUUCACUUUUCACUUGACUUUGAUUUGAUUGAUGAAGCGCCAAGGCCACGAUCAUCUCCGAGAGGGAAGCAAGCUUUGUGCUUGCACAAAAGAGCUCCUGGCUUUCUGUUAGCUUCUUUUCAAUUUUUAAACUUGUGCAGCUAUGGAAAAAAACACAUCCACUGAAUGCCAUAAUGCUUGUAUUAUUUUUUUUGUUUUUCUUCUUGACCAAAACAGCACAUAACACGUUUUUGCGUCUUGUUUUUGCUGAUCAUUACAAUACAUUGUGCUGUCGAUAUGACAUUACGUUUUGUAUUCAAGCACUGUCUUAGGAGGGACAAUGUCACACUUGUGGUAUGUCCACUGAUUUGAAGGGAAUACAGUGGAACCUCACUUUUCCUUAUUCGUUGCUCCCAAGAGGUCCAACCAAUACCAAAACACACAAAACUGAGGCAAUUUUCCCCAUAGGAAAUCAUGUAAAUCCAAUUAUUUGGUUCAAACGUGAACAAAUACAUUUUAUAGAUUAGUUUUACAUGCAAAAAACUAUGUGAAAUAAUUCUAAAUCAGGAAUGGAUGCAACUUACCGUUGAUGCAGAGCUCCUGUACAUCCUUGGGAGACUCAAUGCCAUAGUGUUUCUCACCUUCUGCAUUAAAAUGUUGCCACUCGCAACUUCCUUUUGGUCCCAUGGCAGAUUAUUUAGCAGUCACACUCAACAAAAUCAAAAUGUAUGGACACUGAGCCAGCAACACGGGUACUUGGUUUGGGCACUUGGGUCAUGGAAUGAUAACAGUACAGGACAAAAACAGGCUAAAGGCAUGCAAUAGUUUACCAAAAUAAAGAAAACUGGGGCAUAUGAAAAGCGAGGUUGGACUGUACUUAUUCUGACUAGUCUCAGGAAUGACGUGUGUGUGUGUGUGUGUGUGUGUGUGUGUGUGUGUGUGUGUGUGUGUGUGUGUGUGUGUGUGUGUGUGUGAGAGAGAGAUGGACAUGCUCGAUCAUGCUUGAAUGUACUGAUGUAUGUUGGUUAAGACUCAGCACUUGGUUAUUUAUCACAGCAAGAAUGAAUUCUUAGUUUUGUAUAAAUAUCUUAAGAAUGCAUGCUUUUAACAUUAAGAAACAAAAAUCUCAACUCCUUGUAGAUGCUAAAUGUGCACUCAACCUGCAGUGUCAUGAAGGACAUUAUUUUGCAUCUGGGCAUGGCUGCAGCAUAUUGAACCAAAUGCUGUAAUCUUUAGGUUAGUAUGUGGACCAUUAAAGAAGAUCUCUUCUGAUUUUUGUUGCGUUGCACAAUAAAAAAACACCUUGAUGAAAA